UCACCCGUCGGCGCCACGACACUGCGCGUGCGUAAACUCCUGUCAAACGAGAAGACGGAGGCCGAAAAGAAAAAAAGGCGGGAGUCACCAAUCCCAGGUGGCGCAAAAUGGCGUGGGAGAACAAGAUGCAAGAGUUCACCCGCAGCUUAUUCCGAGACCGCCCGGACCUCAGCACGCUUACGCACUCCAUCGUGCGGCGGAGAUUCUUGGCACACGUGGGCCGAGACCACUUGGAACCGGAGGAGAAGCAGGCUUUGAAACGGCUAGUGGAGGAGGAGCUGCUAAAGAUGCAGGUGGAUGAAGCAGGUGCCAGGGAAGAGAGGCUAGAUCUUGCCAAGAGAGCGAAGAGGCCUUCCACCCCCUGCAGUGACCCAGAGAGAAAAAGAUUCCGUUUUAAUUCAGAGUCAGAGCCAAGUUCUGCAGCCUCCAGUCCAGACUGCUUUGGCCCGCAAGCAAAGAAUGGGCUGGCAGCAGACAUCAGUCCAGCUGAGGAGAAGAGUUCAAAGCAAGCCUCAGAGAAAGCAACUGAGGAGAGCAGUGAUGCAGAACAGCAGCAGCAGGACCUGACUGUAAAGACUGGAUUGGAAAAGGAAGUGGUGAAGGAGAGCAGUGAGGAGGAGGAAGAGGGUUCUGCCAGAACAAGUAAGGUCUGGAAGGAAGAGAGCAGUGAGGAGGAAGUUGAGAAAAAGUUAGAGGUGGAAAAGGAAUCCAAAGGCAGGACUGGGAAGAAACCUGUGACAAAGAGCAAGCAGGCAUUAGAGAGGACCUCAGCCCGUAGGAAGCAGGCCAGGGAGGAGAGUGAGGACAGCGAGGUGGAAUCUGCCCAGAGGACCAGAAAGAAGGCAGAGGGAAUGAAAGGAGCUAAGGUCCACCAGGAAAACGAAAAGGAGAGUGAGGAGGAGACCCAAGCUAAAAAGAAACAGAACAGAGAGGACAAGGAGGAUUGGAAACCCAAAGGCCAUAGCAAUGGAGGGAAAAAGUCAGCUUGGGAGGAGAGGAGCUGUAAGCAGAAAAGCAGGGCAGUGACACUGCUGAGAGACUGGAGGGACAAAGAGGAAGAGAAGGAAAGAGCAGCAGCAAGCAGUAGGGAUAACAGUGAAGGAGAUGAAGAGCUGCCAGUGCAGAGGAAGAGCAAGGACAGGACCGAGCGGAUGAGUGGGAAAAGGCAAGUUGGAAGCAGCGAGGAGGGAGAAGACAGCAGGAGGGGGGUGAAACCAACUACUAAAGGCACUGGAAAGACAGCCAAAGAGGGCCAUACCAAUAGUGAGGCCAGUGACUCAGAAAGGGAGGUGAGCGACAGAGAGGCAGGGGGUAGACCCAGGAGGGAGAAGAACCGCUCUUCCAAGAAGAGCUCCAAGAAAGGCAGGAUACGAAGCUCCUCCUCCUCUUCCACAGAUGGCAGUCCAAAACCCAAAGGCAGGAAGCAUUUAGCUGCUGUCCUUCCUUGCCAGGAUGGCUCUGGUCGCUGUGAUGAAGACCACCCAGCUGUGAUGAGGCUAAAGCGUUACAUUCGGGCCUGUGGUGCUCGUCGCAACUACAAGAAACUGCUGGGCUCCUGCUGCUCACACAAGGAGCGCCUGAGUGUCCUCCGGGCAGAGCUGGAAGCCCUGGGCUUGAAAGGUAACCCUUCUUUAGAGAAGUGUCGGGCCCUGAAGGAGCAGCGGGAGGAGGCAGCUGAGGUGGCCUCCUUGGACAUUACGAACAUCAUCAGUGGUUCAGGCCGGCCACGCAGACGCACAGCCUGGGACCCGUCAGGAGAAGCAGCUCUCUCUGGGGAGCAGUACCGCCGGACCCUGGAUUCAGAGGAAGAGAAGCCCCAUCCCCAGCCUCCAGACUGGUCACAUAUGCGUGGCAUCAUCAGCAGUGAUGGCGAGAGUAACUGAGCUCCCCCAGAAGGGACUCUGCACUUGUAGAAAGCUGAUGUAGCACAUUCCCCUUCUACUCUCAAUUCUGGGCCUGCAUAAGCAGCAGCAGUUUUCUUUAGACUUGUAACCCCCAGGGACACAAGUUGUUGGGAUCCUACUUCUCAGCUUCAUGUUCUGUUUAAGGUGUUUAUUUUUUAUAACUCAAUAAAGGAGUGUUUGAAGUACCUCAUCAAAACCG